GUUUCAGCAUUUCUUUGGAUACCUAUCUCGUCAUCAUCAGAAUAUCUAGGUAUUGGACGAACAUACACGAAGAAUUCAACUUCAAGAUAAACGGUGAACGAAGAGCAAACCAUAUGCUUCUAGCCAUCCUACAAUGCCUUGCAAGAACAUGUAAUUCUGCCGGGACAGCGGAAACGACAUAGGUUUCCUCCGGAGGUUCUUGCACGCCUGCAACCUCGUUGGUUCGACGACAAGUCUUUCGUGCGCAGCGGGACCAAAGAACGGUUCUUGAUCCUUGACGACCUCGCUCCAUGCAUCAACCCCCAUGGCUUUUCCGGCAGAGCUGAACCUCUCUCUCUCCCCACCUUCACGCGAGGGAUGGCUCUGUAGUCCUAGACCAGAAAAGGGUGCGCCUUUGCCGUACUCGAAGCCCAUCGAUCGAAGCUUCCGCCGCCGGUGACGGAUCGCCCGCAACCGUAAGGUGAUAGACGCGCACGGCCCGGAGUUCCCGAAGCGGAAAAGGUUUCCACUUGCCCAAAGAAUGGUAUGGAGCGAGAGGUUCCCUUGACGACGCGAGCCUAGUAAAGGCGAAACUCGCUUCAGUCCGUUGGCCGGAUCGACCCUGUUACGUCUGACGCUUCCUUUUCAGUUCUUCGUGCACUUGGGGUUCGUGCAUGGCGCAGUUUCGCUGUUACAGCUCUGCUCGGACUGUUGUCUGGUCUUCGUUUCAUCAAAAUGUUCAAUGGUAGUCUACUGCGCCAUCUACUGACUGUGAGGUUCGAAGCCACGUCCAUGACUUCAAGAGCCUCGAGGAACAUCCACACGCCGACCAAGUACGCGCCAUUUCUGUUCGAAGGGCGUCGCAGAGACUCGAUCACCGCAUACCCCACGAGGCUCUUGAAGUUGUCCGCUGAUUCGGAGAACUUAAGAAUCGGCAAAAUGAUUCACGCGCAGCUGAUCGCAUCCAACGAAAAUUCCCGAAGUAGUAUCGUGGAGGCUAACUCUCUGAUCAAUCUGUACUCUAAGUGUGGCCAGAUGUCGAGUGCACGCAAGCUGUUUGACGAUAUGCACGAGAGAAAUGAAGUCUCUUGGGGGGCUCUGAUGGCGGGAUACUUACGCAGUGGGUCCCCUUCGGAAGUUAUACAAUUGUUCAAGUGUAUGCUGUCCUUGGACUGUGUCCCUCCAAACGAGUAUAUACUCGCUACAGUUGUGUCUUCUUGUUCAGAGUACAGAAGAGGCGAUGAAGGCAAGCAAUGUCAUGGGUAUGUGGUCAAGUCUGGGUUAGAGUUUCAUCAGUAUGUGAAGAAUGCACUUCUUAACAUGUACUUGAGGUGCUGGGACGUGAAGGCGGGAAUUAUGGUUUUGGACACUUUACCUGGUUAUGAUAUUUUCACAUAUAACUUGGUUUUGAAUGGACUCAUGGAAAAUGGGAAUUUAAUGGAAGCUUUGGGCGUUUUGGCUAGAAUGGUGGCCGAUCGUGCAGCCUGGGAUGGUGCUACCUACUGUACUGCUCUUGGGCUCUGUGCUUCUCUCAAAGAUUUGAAACUGGGUUUAUCGCUUCACUGCCGGAUGUUGAAGAGUCGAGUUGAUUGUGAUGACUUCUUUUGCAGUACACUGAUCGACAUGUACGGCAAAUGUGGCAAGGUUAUGAACGCAAGCAAGGUCUUUAGUAGUUUGCCGAUUCGAAACGUUGUGACAUGGACUGCCGUGAUGACCGCUUACUUUCAAAAUGGAUUCUUUGAGGAAGCACUUAAUCUCUUGCCGGAAAUGGAGAAUGAAUGCGUUCCAGCAAAUGAUUACACCUUUGUUGUUUUGUUAAACUGCUGCGCAGCUUUAUCUGCACUAAGGCAUGGGUAUCUUUUACAUGCGUUGGUGCAGAAGUCAGGUUUUAAAAACCACACUAACGUUGGGAAUGCUUUAAUUAAUAUGUAUUCCAAGAGCGGCGACAUAGAAGCCUCAUAUGAAGUUUUCUCAAACACGGUGCUUCGAGACUUUGCUACUUGGAAUUCAAUGAUAUGUGGAUACUCCCAACAUGGGCUUGGAAGGGAAGCUUUAUCAGUUUUUGGAGAAAUGAUGGCCGCAAGGGAGCUUCCUAGCUACGUAACUUUUGUGGGAGUUUUAUCUGCUUGCGCUCACCUGGGUCUUGAGCCGGAAGCACUUUUUUAUUUGAACCAUCUGAUGAGACAUUAUGGGAUAGAACCUGGAGUAGAGCACUACACCUGCAUCAUUAGGCUUCUGACCAAGGCCGGUUCGCUUGACAAAGCUGAAAAUUUUAUGAAGUCUACACCUGUACAGUGGGAUACUGUUGCCUGGCGCACGUUGCUCAAUGCUUGCCAUGUCCAUCGGCAAUAUGGUUUAGGCCAGCGUGUUGCAGAAAUUGUCAUCAGAAUGGAUGCUACUGAUGUUGGGACAUACAUACUUGCUUCUAAUAUGUAUGCCAAGGCAAAGAGGUGGGAUGGGGUGGUGAACAUUCGGAAGCUGAUGAAAGAGAGGAGUAUCAAGAAAGAACCGGGGGUCAGCUGGAUAGAAAUUAAAGACGCACACGUAUUUGUUUCAGAUGACAAUUCACACCCUGAGUAUUUAAAGAUAUAUGAGAAAGUUGGGGAACUUUUGGCCAAGAUCAAAGAUUUGGGUUAUGUACCGGAUAUUGGUGGUGUGUUGCAUGAUGUGGAAGAUGAACAAAAGGAAGACUAUCUCAGUUAUCACAGUGAAAAAUUGGCCAUAGCAUACGGUCUCUUGAAAGCACCGUCAGAAGCACCCUUGCGUGUCAUCAAGAAUCUAAGGAUGUGUGAUGAUUGCCACUCUGCUGUGAAACUUAUUGCAAAGGUCACAAAGAGGGUUAUAAUUGUCAGAGAUGUGAAUCGUUUCCACCGCUUCAGGGAGGGGUUAUGUUCUUGUGGAGAUCAUUGGUGACUCUUGUAGGAACUAUAUCACCCAAGAUAUAUGAGUCAGAAGGCACAUGCAUUGGCAUACUUAUUCUAGGCCACUUGGCAGAGCAUGGUGGCAGGGAUGAAAGGGUAGUAGGGGUGGCGGCGGGGUGCUGGGCUAAGAACAUGAGCCUCUUAUUUACCAUAACAAGAAUGACUGAAAUACUUCUUCCAUUCAG